AUGACAACCGUGAGCAGUCUUUUCACGCGCUUCAUGCGCCCAUUCUCUUCCGGCCCGUUGCGCGCGGUCGAGAACGGUGCCACCGGCAUCGCUAACGGCAGCUACCAGAAGGCAACGAUCGCGGCAGGCUGCUUCUGGGGAGUUGAGCACACGUACCGCAGGUCCUUCGCGAACAAGGGCCUCAUCGACGCACGCGUUGGAUACAUCGGUGGCGAUUCGAAGAACCCCAGCUACAGGCAGGUCUGCGGAGGCGAUACUGGCCAUGCGGAAGCUCUGCAGGUCACCUUUGACCCGGAGCAGGUCUCGUACAGACAGCUCAUCGAGUACUUCUACACCAUCCACGACCCCACGCAGCUGAACCACCAAGGCCCCGACAGGGGGACUCAAUACCGCACCGCCAUCUUUUUCCAUUCUCCCGAGCAGGAGGCUAUUGCCAAGGACGUCACCGAACGUGCCAACAAGGAGUGGUGGGACGGUAAGAUCGUCACACAAAUUGUGCCUGCAGGUGAAUGGUGGGACGCUGAGACGUAUCACCAACUCUAUCUUGACAAGAACCCCAGCGGUUACGAGUGUCCCACGCACUUCAUCCGAAAGCUUCCGCCAUUGAGCCAGCCGGAGAGCUCGUGA